AGCAGCAUCAGCAGGGCAGAGUCAACACAAGAAGAAGUCACAGUCGCAACUUGUCUCCAGAGAGUGUGUGAAUUUGGGGUGCGCCUAAGCAAGGGUUGAGAAGCGCGGCGCCCAAAGGGUUACUGUGAAUUGGGCUGUCGCGGACGAAACAGGUGUCCGACAUGUUCCGCAGUCUCUAAGGACGUUAAAAUGUUGUUUCUGUGGCUACUGGGGUUGCUCUCGGCCGCAUCGGCUCUCGAGGGGCCCAAUGUGUGCGUCAAGCAACAGAGUUACCCAACGACUGUGCGAGUGUCCGAGACGAAAGCGUACCAAGUGAGAGAAACGACCUUUUGCUUCAAUGUACCUCCCAAGUGUUCAAAAUACAGGAUCCAGCAGAAAACCAUCUUCAAGACGCAAACUAUUAUGAAAACGCGUCCAGUGGAGGAGUGCUGUCCUGGUUAUGUGAAACACAACUCGGAGGAGCGGUGUCUGCCUGUGUGCUCCGACGGGUGCGAACAUGGCACUUGUGUGGCCCCUGACUUGUGCCAGUGCGCGCCCGGCUAUGGUGGCCGGGACUGCAGGAUAUCAUGCCCUGAUGGUCGGUGGGGUGGCGAUUGCGAGCACCGCUGCCAGUGCGUCAACGGGGCCACGUGUGACCCUUCCACAGGCGCCUGUCGCUGCAGCCGCGGCUGGCGAGGCGACCACUGCAGUCUUCAGUGCCAACCCACGCACUAUGGACAGGAUUGUGCUGAUGAGUGUCGUUGUCGAAAUGGUGGCGUUUGCAACCACAUUUCCGGUGCUUGCUCUUGUCCGCCAGGAUGGACAGGGCCUUUGUGUGAGGAAAACUGCCCCGAAGGCACCCACGGCGAGGGUUGCAAAAAUGAGUGUGUGUGCCAAAACGGCGGAACCUGCUCUCCAGACACAGGACGAUGCCACUGUACCCCUGGAUGGACGGGUGACGUUUGUGCCAAUCGCUGUCCGACAGGCACCUGGGGUGUUGACUGCUCCAAGUUCUGUGAUUGCUACAAUGGUGCCGGUUGUCAUCAUGUUACAGGACAGUGUGACUGCAUGCCUGGAUUUUAUGGAGACAGGUGUCUGCAAGAGUGUCCAGAGGGAAUGUUUGGCCCUGGUUGUCGAAACAACUGCACUUGUCAGAAUGACGCGCGGUGUGACGUUGUAACUGGUGCGUGCCGGUGUCCUGAAGGUUGGACAGGCAAGGAUUGUGAAGAACGAGCCUGCCCGACUGGAAAAUAUGGACCUCAGUGUCAGAAGACGUGCGAGUGCAAUCCUGAUAACACCGAGCUGUGUCAUCCGCGCACAGGGCAAUGCUCUUGCAAACCUGGCUGGGACGGAACUCUCUGCUCAAGGCCCUGUCCACUUUACAGAUAUGGACCACAGUGCUUAGGUUCUUGCAUCUGCCAAAAUAAUGCUCAGUGUGACCCAUUCACCGGCUCUUGUUCUUGCGCUCCCGGAUUCAAAGGUCGAGACUGCAGUGAACUUUGCCCUCGAGGCUUCUUUGGCGGAGAGUGUGCUCAGCGCUGCGGCUGCCGCAACAAUGCAAAAUGUCUACCUGAGGACGGCCGAUGCACAUGUGGAGCUGGCUGGGAUGGAAUCUACUGCGAAAGACCUUGCGCUGCUGGUUUUUACGGACCAGCCUGCUCUCUCAAGUGCAACUGUUUGAAUGGCGGCGUCUGCCACCCGAUCAAUGGCACAUGCGAGUGUCCACCUGGCUUCACAGGACCCACCUGUGAAUCAAAGUGUCCACUGGGCUUCUUUGGCCGAGACUGCAAAGCCCCAUGUCGUUGCUCCAACAACAGCCUCAGUUGCGACGCAAUUACCGGCCAGUGCAACUGCCUGCAACCCUUCCAAGGUGUCGAGUGCGAGACAAAAUGCCCGGUUGGACGUUGGGGGGAAUACUGUGAGCGAGAGUGUACCUGCAACGGAGGUUCCUGCAGUCCGGUUUCUGGCUCAUGUACCUGCCCCCGUGGUCUAGAAGACAUCAACUGCUCUCGGCCUUGUCGUCCAGGAUGGUAUGGUGCUGGCUGUCGAGAAAAGUGCUCUCGGCUGAGCAUGCAGUGUCACCCUGAAACAGGCGCCCUCACUUGUCCUGCUGGAAUGUCUGGCCUUGCCUGCUGGAACCCAUGCCCAGCAGGCCGUUUCGGACAAGACUGCAAAGGCGAGUGUCAGUGCCAGAAGGGCGACUGUGACACCGUAACUGGCCACUGCUUGUGUUACCCUGGCUGGACAGGGCCUACGUGCAGUAAUCCCUGCCCGCAAGGUACCUACGGCAUUAACUGCACACAGUCGUGCCAGUGCAUGAAUGGCGGACAAUGCAGAGCUCAUGACGGCUUCUGCAAGUGCCCUGCUGGCUGGACUGGAAAACGGUGCCAUGAGAUUUGUCCCGAGGGAUAUUUUGGCGACCAUUGCAUUAACCCUUGUGAGUGUGACAACGAAAAUUUCAUUUGUGACCCUGCGAAAGGGUGCAUGUGUCGACUUGGCUUCUCUGGCCCUUCAUGCGGUGCCCCAUCAGCAGCCACUGUGCAAGGGGAGGACAAAAGCACUGACAGCGGUCUUGGUAGUGCUGGAGCCGGUGUGAUUUUGGCACUGCUUUUGGUGUUAAUUGUGGCCAUCGUUGUCCUCUAUUACCGCCGCAAGAUGCUAAAGCUGAAGGGAGAUUUGGCUACUGUACACUAUUCAGCUAAAAAAGAAGAUCCUGACGGACACCACUUUGACAACCCAGUUUACUCAAUGAACCAGCCUGUUCCUCCUGAUCGUCUUCCUCUGAACAACACUGGUAUGAGCCGCAAAGAUCUGAAAAAUUACCAGCACAACAACUUUGGAGAGGAGAGUGAGGAUGACUCAAGAGGCGCCUGCAGUUUGAAAAACAAAAAUGCAGACAUGGAUAACCCAACAUUAGCCAAUCUUUACAACAGCAUAGAUGACCUGAAUGGCACAAAAGUGGAGCACCUGUAUGACGAAAUUAAGCAGAAGGAAGCUGCUGUUUUCACAGUGCAGAAUUUUUACAACGUAAUAGAGGAGGAGUAUGAUCGGUUAGAUUAUAGCCGUCCUGGCUCCUCGUACCGACCUCAGUACCAGCGCAUGCCGAAUGGCAUCAGCCGCGUCAACAUUGACGAGCGAAGCAACCUACGGCCGCGCAGCCCCUCCGACAAAGUCUAAGACUGUUCGAUCUCGAGAAACGAGGCAAAUUAAAUAUUAACUAUCGAAAACUCACUUUCCUCAAAACCCCAGUGUGUAAAUAAAACGAGAUAAAAGCUUUAAAAUUUCUGUAUAGCAAUACCAAGAUUAGAAAAAGCAUCAGCAGGUCCAACCGAUUGAUUUUUUGUAUUGUCCGGGCUGAUUUUUAGCAAAAAUUUUUGGUGAAUCACACAGGCAGCUACUUUUUUGAAAAUUUCACUGUUUCAUCAAGGGCCUGUUAAGUGCAAUUAUAUUUUCCGGAGCAAAAUUGCUCGUCCAGGUGACGUUCAUCUCUUCCAAAGCAGUGCCAAAAUGGAUGGAAAUCAUCGUAGCGCCUGCGCUCCGAUUUUUAACAGAUCUUUGUACUAAAAAGAAAGACAGUAGCUGAGUUGAACUCUGUUGUUGACCAGAGAUGUCCUGUAGUACGUAUGCAUGCGAGUUUAGCGGUAGUAAAAAUUUUGCUCCUUUAUUCAUUCCACGCAAAUAACAUUUGUGUAUUUUAAAGUUCGUUCUUUCUUCCCAUGGCGAUGAAUUUUUCUAUAAUCUUUCUGAUGUAUUAAAAUAUUGUGUAACAGAAAUGUAUGGAAAUUGAUAUUGUGUAUAAUCUGUGAUAAGAGAAUUUUAUUGUUUUAAAAAGGAUGUGAAAAUAUUCAAAGGCAAGUUCAGCGUAUUUAUGGAACAUAUAAUAUGUAUGUAAAGUGUGUUUGGGUUGAUAUUGUUCAGGAUUGUGACCUUUUUAUUAUGUUCAUUAUAAAAUCUUCUAUCCAAUUUAAUAUUGAUUUUAAUACAUACACAAUUAAAUCAUUUAAUAGUA